AGCGUAUAGACCGAGUGUAAGAAAGCUAAAUAUCCGCAAAAUACUUUGCGGCCAACUUAACUAUUUUCCUUUCUUUUAAGCUGUCAGCUUGUGAGAGGUGGACGUACGAGGUCUAUUUAAAGGAUGGGCGCCUAUCGCUAUAUGCAGGAAUUAUAUAGGAAGAAGCAGAGCGAUGUGAUGCGCUAUUUGCUUCGAAUUCGAGUAUGGCAAUAUAGACAACUUACGAAAUUGCACAGAUCUCCUAGACCUACUAGGCCCGAUAAAGCUCGACGUCUGGGAUAUCGUGCUAAGCAGGGAUACGUUAUUUACAGAAUUCGUGUACGACGUGGUGGGCGUAAACGUCCGGUUCCGAAGGGAUGUACCUAUGGUAAACCAAAAAGUCAUGGAGUGAAUGAGUUAAAGCCAUACCGUGGAUUGCAGUCUAUUGCUGAGGAACGAGUUGGUCGUAGACUUGGAGGCCUGCGAGUUUUGAAUUCUUACUGGGUAGCUCAGGAUGCCUCUUAUAAAUACUUUGAGGUUAUUUUGGUGGAUAUUCAUCAUAAUGCCAUUAGACGAGACCCAAAAAUAAGUUGGCUUUGUAAACACGUACAUAAGCAUCGCGAACUUCGAGGAUUAACUUCAGCUGGUAAGAGCUCCCGUGGCAUUGGUAAGGGAUAUCGUUAUUCACAAACUAUUGGAGGAUCGCGUCGGGCUGCAUGGAAACGAAAGAAUACUUUGCAAAUGCAUCGUAAACGCUAAUGCUGAAACACUGUAUUUAUUUACUAUAAUACAAAAUAUAUAUUGAAACGUCAACAUAAA